AUGGCGGGCAAAGAAGGGAAGAGGAAGAGAGAUAGAGACCACGAUGGCAGCGCCAAACAGCCAAAGAAGAAAGUAGCGGUACAGACAGAUUCCGAACAGGCGCAAUUCAAUACAGUUAAAGUUGCCUCUAUGCAGGUAGAAAGCACAUGCCCCCCAAUUAUAGCAACACAUCCCGGUCUCUGUCUUCCUAGCUCCGUUACCUUCCAAGCGUAUACAAAGAACGCGCCGUCCAAGUCGAAAAAAGCGAAAAUCAAACAUGCAGCCAGUUCAUCAUCGAGUCUCAUGCUCCACUCGUCUUCCCAUAGUAAACUAGAUUAUACAGCAAGGGAAGAGGGCCCUGGAGGUCGGGAGUCGCAUCUCAAACAUUAUAUCGGCGUAUUCGAUCCCGCAACUGGCGAACUGUCCGUCGUCGAGGCUAGAAAAAUGGCUGUGAGAGGAGUUGUGCGUUCACAACAACCCAAAGAGGAGGAUGUCCAGAGCCGGAUGGCAUCGAAGAAUAUGAUGGAGCUUCGCAGUGAUCUAGGACAAGCCUUCGGUACGAAGAAAGCCAAGAAAGCUUUGGCAGCAAUCACAGAAAAUGCUAUUGUUGAUAACGAGCCAAAAGCCAAAUCAAUUGGAGCUUCUUCUCAAGCUAUGAUGUCUGCGAUCGGCGAAGUAACAAAUACUAUGGCAUCAAAGGAAGAUCUCCAGGCGGCGGCCGAUGCGGCCAAGCCUGUCCCCCCAGGUAACUUCGAGGCCCGAGAAAUACAAGAUGUUUAUACCCCUCAAGGGAUGAUAGGGGGUGAAUUGCUGAAUGCUAUUCCCAUCAAGGACUGGCAGGACGCUGUCAAGAAAGGCGCCAACAAGAUGUUGACAAGUGCAUUCAUUGCGUCACGACUUAACGCUGUCGGCGAAGGUCCCGAUUCAGCAACCAGGUUAAAAGCCCUGCGCUACUUGGAAUUCCUGAUAAAGUUUUCAAAAUUAGCCAAAGGGAGAGCAGGCAAACUUCCACCUCCGGAUAAGCUCAGACAGCUGCUGCACCCGGCACCAGAACCUGUCCUCCAGAGCAUCAGGCGGAAAUUCUCGUCUAAUCAACUGAUAGACAAGUUUCAUCGCGAUUUACUAUACACAUAUUGCUGUGCUCUAGCCGCUAUUUUAUCAAAUUUCGAAUUCGAGACUAGCAAAAUCCGGUUUGACUUAGGCCUAGACGACAAGCAAUUCGGGCAAUAUUUCCGUGAAAUCGGUGGCAAGGUCAAAAAGGCCACAGGUGCCGAGAAGGGGACCCAAAUACAAAUGGCUGUGCUAUCUCUACCUUUGGAAUUCCCCAAAGUAAGAUAUCAACGGCCAACCAGAUAG